AUGAUCAAAAGUAACCUUGAAAAAAAAUGCUAAGAUAUGUUGAGUAAUAUAAAGUUUGUUUCCUAACACUCAUUAUCAAAUGAUGGAAAAGAAAUAUCACUUAAAUUAUUUAAAAAACCAGCAAAUCUGAAUUAUUUUGACCAAUUUCAAAAUAAUGAACUCACAUUAGAAACUAAUGAAGCUAUGGAGACAUUAAAUUUAUUGACCCAUUACAUCAAAACUAAUCAUAGUCAUAGGCCAGAAGAAGUCAAUUACUUUUUAGAUGAUACUCCAUCUGAGAUUCUACAAAAGCCUAUUCCAGAGAGUUUAUAAUACAAAAAAUAAAAUUUGUAAGGAAUUUGUCUUCGCAAUACGUGGUCAAAAGGACAUUAAUUCUUUUACAUUGACUCAGGAAGUAUUGUAAAAAUAUUGAGUGUCAAAUAAGGUUAUGCCACAAUAGAGUACUAAUAGAAAAAAGGCAUUGUCCAUAUUAACGAUCUCUAACUAUAAUGAUUAUUAUUAAUAAAAUUAAUCCAUGUUUAAAGCUAGGAAAUUAGGUCCAUAAUCUUACUUGGAUUAUCUUAGAGAUGAGAUGCCCACAGAGAGUACCACAAUUACUAAAAAGGAUCAAACUUAUUGGAAUAACAAGUAUAUUUUUGAUGGAAUGCAAAAGAAACUAGUUCUUUUCCAAAAUUGCUUUUACUCAAUAGAAUCCUAAUGAGUCACGAAACAUUGAAAAAAUUAAAAACUUUAAAUAUGAAUCAUAAUUAAGACUAAAAAGAAAUGAAUAUAAGAGAACUAUUUUAGAAAUUAAAAGUAAAUAGAAGUAGUCUUAGACAAGUAAAUAUGUUGUAUCGGAUGAGGAUUUAAAUUUACCUCUUUUCCAAAGGCGCCCUGCAUAUUUAGUAAAUAUUAAAGCAAUUUUAGGAUAAUUAGACUGACAAUUAUUGGAACCAUUUGGAACUACUUGACAAGAAACAUUUAAAAUAGAUUUAUGGACCCAAAACCUUUUAAAGACAAAGAUAAGCAAUAAAUCAAAUUGAUAAUAACUUCCAAGCUGAUAUAGAACUUUAGCAAAUGAAAUUAAAAGCAUAAUUUGAUUUUAGAAAUAGAUUGUUGAAUCAUCGAUCUUUGUAGGCAUCUAAGGGAAAUGUUAAAGCCUUAGAACUCAGUUAUUUAAGAUAAAUUAGACCAGAAUAUAAAGGAUUGGUAUCGUUAAAUAUGACUACCAUUGAAUAAUAUUUAUGCCCUACUUUAUAUUAGCAUGUGGAAAAAUAUGAUAUUUCUACUAGUACAUAAACAAAACAAAAGUAGUAAUCAAAAAAAAAUGCCAGAUCUAGAAGUUUGAAUACCUAAUAAUCUGAAAUUGAUGAAUCCUCUUGUAAUCAAAAAGAGUAUGAGGAGAUGAAUGAAUCAAUACAGAAAUUUGAGAUCAAAUUAAAAGAGAAAUGUCAAUUUUUAUAAAGAUGA